AUGGGUUGCGCAGUUCAAAAGCAUAGCCACUUGGUGAGGGAAGUAGAUGUUAGACUGUCGGUGCGUGGUGGUGAAUUGGGGAAACGACCCAAAGUUCGUAGAUGCGAGGUGACUUUGUUUACAAAGAAGCAUGGAGUGAUUAGGGCAGAGGAGGAUGCUGAGUCACUUUAUGGGAGUAUUGAUUUGGGUUUUGAUAGGCAAAAGGUUAGGGACCCUGGUGCACUGCUAGCAGUUGAUGAUUUAGCAGUGGCUCCUCAAGAAGAAGACGAAGAGGAUGCCAUUGAUGAGGGAAAGUUUUGGUAUUCUCCUCUUCAUUGA